UGUCCCUACUACUAAUGUAUAGUAAGUUAGAGAAAAUGAUUCAAUAUUCAUAAAUGCAUUAUGUAUAGUAAUGCAUUUAUGAAUGUUGAAUCGUUUUCUCUUGGCAUCAAAAAUCCAAAUUAUGCAGGAGCUAUGGAAAUUACAUUCAGGUCUUUGGGAAAUUGCAUCUGCUCCUGGAAUCCUAUUUUCUCUAUAAGAUGAGAAUCCCUCAUAUGUUUAUCACUAGGAUAGAGAAGUGUGCCAUUAUAGAAUGAUGGCUCUCUUGAUUAAAAUUCUGCCAACCAAGAUGAGGAUUGGACUAUUGGCUUCUACGUGCAACUGGAUUUGUUUGACCGUUUUAUAGAAAGACUCCCUAUAGGAUUUAAUGUAAUAGCACCAACAAACCUUCCCCAGUGCAGUCCAUUUCAGAUGAUAGUUUCUAGAAUUCUGAACCAGUGUAGCCUUGAAUUCACCAUGUAUGUAGGACAAUGUUUGAGAAGGUUGGCUUUGGGGAUUGCACUGGGCUAAUUAUUUGCUUUUAAGUACUUAUCUACUGUUAAUGAUAGCUUGGCCGUUUCCAUCAGUGGAAAAAAGUGAUAUGCAGAAUUUAAAAAAGAUAUAAUGAUUUCCAUAACAUAUGAUUCUUUAUAGUGACAGAUAUAUUUUUUAGAAAACAUCAGUAUGAAUUUAGUAGAAACAGAAGCCUUUUUAAGUCUGCCAACUGAGAUCAAAACCUGCUAACUUUUGAUAGUAACUUUUAUCCUAACUUUUUUUGGUGAUUCUUUAUAUUGAACUUUGACAGUAAUGUUCAGUUAGAAUAGACUUCAACUAGAGGAUUUUCCUUUGAUGACUCUUUAAAAAGAAAACUACCUUUUAAAGCUGAACAUACAGUCAUUCUAAUAAUUAAAAUCCAAACUGAUAAUUAUGUUAAGCUUCUGAUAAAUUCCCACAGGAUUCCAACUGGUUCCAAAGUUGAAUGGGCACCUAAAAAGUGUGUGGUUUUGUUUUGUUUUUUUUGGCUAAGGGACUUGUGUCUGGCUCCUAGUUUACCGGUUCUUAUUAUUCAACAGUUCUGUGAUCCUACUUAUCUACACUGCUUAAUGUUUUCACAUUCCUUGCUUAUUUUUCUAAAGAAGUUAAGAUUCUUUUAACUCUUUGCUAAAUUAGGGGAGCCUGAAGUUUGAAGUUUUUCCCCCCAUUCUUGCUGUUAGAGAUUACUUAAAUGAGAGAAUUCAUUUUCAGCAUUGUUCAGUGGAUUAAGUAGCACUCCAUCGGUCCAUUUCUAUAUGGGUCCUUUAUUUGCUGGGUUGGCCAAGAAACCAAGGAAAGAUCUUUAUGGUCCCUCAAAACAUUCACCAGCAUCAACAUCUUUGACAUUGGCUUAUUCUUCUACUGAUCCAGAAUCCCGCUAGCCAUGGGGAAGUCUAAGAAGAAAGAAGAGGCUGUCUUUCUGAGGAAGAAGAUCACACUCCUCAGGGCCUUCUCACUUCUCAUCGGGAGCAUGGUGGGCAGUGGCAUAUUCAUCGCCCCCAAGGGGGUCCUGAAAAACUCUGGCAAUGUGGGCCUCUCCCUAAUCGUCUGGUUUGCCUGUGGAAUUCUCUCUAUGUUUGGUGCUUUAAGUUACGCAGAACUGGGCACACGAAUUACCAAGUCCGGAGGCCAUUAUAUUUAUAUCUUGGAAACUCUAGGUCCUCUGCCUGGAUUCCUGUUUCUAUGGGCUGAAUACUUUGCUAUCAGGCCAGCCAACAGCGCAGUUGUCGCCUUAGCAUUUGGACGCUACAUAUUGGAACCAUUUUUUGCACCUUGUUCGGCUCCACUCCUGGCUGUGAAGCUGGUUGCUCUUCUGGGUUACUACAUUGUCCUCAUCUUAAAUUCUUGGAGUGUCAGCUGGAGUGCCCGGCUUCAGACCAUCUUAUCCAUCAUCAAGUUGGCAGCACUUUCUCUCAUUAUUGUCCCAGGCAUGAUGCUUUUAGCUCAAGGCCGUACAGAAAAUUUCCAGGAUGCCUUCAAUACCCAAGGACUCGUUUUGGACAAACUACCUUUAGCUUUUUAUGCAGGGAUGUUCGCCUACUCUGGAUGGUUUCAAACUAGUUUUGUACGAGAAGAACUGGUGAAGCCAGAACGAAAUAUCCCUCUGGCUGUGAUUGUGUCUGUAAUCACAGUGAUCGUGGGGUAUAUGCUCACCAAUGUUUCCUAUUACACAGUACUGACAGCAGCAGAUGUCCUUGUCUCCCAGGCAGUGGCUGUGAGUUUUGCACGGAAAGCUUUCCAAAGCCUUAUCUCUGUGAUUCCAAUCUUGGUUUCCCUGUCUUGUUUUGGAACCAUGAAUGGGGGAAUUUUUACAUUUUCAAGGACAUUGUUUGUGGCUUCCAGGGAGGGGCAAUGGCCCACCCUCUUCUCUAUGAUCCACAUCCAACGCCAUACCCCAAUGCCAGCCGUCUUGCUAAUGUUCCCUUUGGUCACAGCCAUGAUUUGUGUAGGAGAUAUUUACCACUUGUUGAACUUCUUCAGCUUUUCCCGGUGGCUCUUCAUAGGACUAGCCACGCUUGGGCUUAUAGUUCAUCGCUGUCGCUAUCCUAAUAUAUUAAGCCCGUUCAAGGUUCCUCUUUUCAUUCCCACUUCUUUUACUGUCAUCUGCCUUUUCACAGUGGGAAUGUCUUUCUACUCAGACCCGGUUAAUAUCAGCAUUGGAUGUGCCAUCGUUUUAAGUGGUCUUCCAGUUUACUAUUUGCUCAUCAAACAAUCAAUGCCAAACUGCUUCCGUAAAACUUUCUGUUUUCUUACACUGAAGCUUCAGAUCCUGUUGAAGGUAGUACAGCAGGAAAUCAGGACAUACUGACCAGUCCUUACUUUGAACUGUUGACUUUGGAGAGCCUUCUGUACAAGCUUGUAUUUCCUAUCACACUUAGAGUAGCUUUGCAUGGCUGCUUCCAGUUUGGAUUUCCAGCACCAUGUAGAAAGUUCACCAGACAUCAAAGGCACAAAGAAGCUUGCCUGGAUUCUUGCUUACUAUUUGAUUGUUUUUACAAAUGUAGUCUAUGCUGCUGUUGGUAUUAUCCUCAUCUGCAAUGCAGAUGCACUUAGGUGCAACCAAUAAAUCUGAGGCAGUUGCAUCUGCAUACAUAUUCUAUUUCUGUACAAAGCUUGGGUAGAAACACAUUACUUGUAGAUUUUGAAAGACCAUACAUUUGUUAUAGCUAUGGUAUAUUUUGAGGAGCAUUUCUGGGUAAAAGAGAACUUUGGAUGCUUUUCAGCCUAUGAAAAGCUUUACGAAAGAGACAUUUUUCAAAGAUCUAAGCGCAUUUGGUAGGAUUCAGGAUAUUUUUAAACAUGACUGGUGUCAUUAUAGUGGGUUUCCGGCACAUCAGGGUGCUAUGUUGAGUCACCAUUGACAUUCCUUCUGACUUGGAUGGUAUACACUUGGAAUAUAGUUUUAACAGGAUUUUUCAAUCACAAUGACACCCCACUUUCAGUUACUGUUCCUGGCACGUCAGCAAGUGUUAGUAACUCAAGUGUUAAUGUAAAACACUUCAGUGCCAUCACAUCGGUUGGGAGGAAACUAUUGUUCUCUACCCAUUCAAAGGAAUAAUGAUCUUGACACAGUUGCACUGCAGUGAUUAGGAUCUAGUCAAAUCCUCAUCCUCAUCCACAUCUUGUGGGACUUUCAAAUAUACAGUAUGCACCUGUGUAUGGUUUGCCAAUUGCAUAGUGGCAGAUAAGGCAGUGCUCAAGAGGGUUAACAUCAUUGCCCAGAGGAUCAUUAGUUGCCCUCUCCCCUCCUUGUAAGAGCUCUAUAGCUCCCGCUGCCUUAAAAAUGUUCAAAACAUAUUUAAAGAUCCAUCUUAUCCUGGACACCCUUUUUUUUUGAACUAUUACCAUCUGG